UGCCGCGUCGGGAACGCGCACAGGGUCCCACACACGGCGGAGAGAGGAGCGAAAAAAGCGCAGGACCCAACAGCGACUCACCGGAAGAAAAAUGUUCCGUCCGCCGCCCUCCAACAAGGCUGUCUGCGAAAGUCAUGUGAAAAGCUCGAAAAGUGACGAAGACUCAACGUUUUUCCACCACUAGGCUUCAUUUAGACGACUGAGUGAUUUAUAACCCGCCAGAAAACUGAAAUCUACAUCACUUGGCAGGUGCAAAAUGACGAGAAGACUGUUGCAGCUGUUUGCACUGUGGGCGUCUGUGGUUGGUGUUGUGAACUGUUGUCCAGAGCCCUGCAGCUGUCUGGAUAAAAUUGCAGUCCAGGUAGCUGAUUGUGCGUACAAAAAUCUGUUGGUGGUCCCCGAGGGUUUGCCACCCGAUAUUACCACCUUGAGCCUUUCUGCCAAUAAGAUCAAAUUCCUGAAAAGUAAUAACUUCAUCAAUGCCACUCGGGUCAGCUCUCUCUGGCUGGCCCACAAUGAGAUAGUCACCAUUGAGGUGGGCACCCUGGCCCCCCUGAUCCAGCUCCGUAACUUUGACAUCAGCUACAAUAAAAUUGUGAAUUUUCCAUGGGAGGACCUGCACAACUUGACAGCACUGCAGCUGCUCAAAAUGAACAACAAUGAAAUGGUGAGCCUGCCUAAGGAUGCCUUCUCUACCCUCAAAGACCUGAGGUCACUGCGCAUUAACGACAAUAAGUUUACCACCAUUGUGGAGGGCACAUUUCUCCCUUCUAUCUCUCACAUUCAGAUUUUUAAAAACCCAUUCAAAUGCUCCUGCAGCCUGGAGUGGAUGAGAGAUUGGAUCACAACAAGCAAGAUCACAAUACCUGAUCCCAAUCUCAUUUUAUGUGAUACCCCCGAAACCCUGAAGGGCAUAAUGGUUACCAAGAUGCCCAAACUGGACUGUAAGGCACCGACUGUUACAAUAACCUACCAGCCUAACAUUGAGAACACAGAGAUCUACGAGGGUUUCAUGGUCAUCUUAAACUGUGAGUCGAAAGGAAGUCCCACACCACAGGUCAGCUGGGAGGUGAACACAGGAAAUCAAAAGUUUGAGUUCCCCUUACCUGCCUCCAGUGACAACACUAUGCCAAUAAAUGACAAAACAACCAGCAGUCAGUUCUUUGUGUUUCCAAACGGAACCCUCAUCAUCCCACGCAUGAGUAAAAAAGAAGAUGGAAAUUACAGCUGCUCUGCCAGCAAUGAUUUAGGGAAGGUUGAGACCAGUGUUAAAGUAGCACUGGCAGGAACCCAAAAGCAUGCCACUAACUCAGUGCUCGAUCCCACAGUGGAUAAGACCCGCUCGCCUGCUAGCAAACCUGUUGGGCCCAAGAUGUCCAAAAACAAUGUGAUCAACUGGGCUAAGCCAGAGGAAAAGACCAAAAGUCUUCCUAAAGGUUCAUCCAACAAAGACAGCAUCACAGAGCCGGUAGGUGGGGUUCGUUUUAACCCCCCCCUUAAGUGGUGUGGUGUGACGGAUCGUAGCGAAUACAUCGCCAAUCAUGCUUUCAAUGGGAGUUUGGAUGACCUGAAGCAGUACACGUUUGAUUUUGGUGUGAUUGCACUGGAAGUGUCAGAGACAGAUGUUAAAGUCCAACUGAAUCCCCUUCAGCUUCCCAGCAGCAAGUUGAACCUUCACGUGAGUCACAGUGAAAAUGUGGAAAUGGUGAACAAAGAGCUCGGGCUCGACCAGUCGUCCCCCAAUGCAGCCCCGAUGGACAUGCUCUACCUGUGCGUCCAUACAGGCAGUGGACACUCUGUGGUCGAGUGGUCCAAGAUAGAGGAAGGGGUCAAUGCUUACCGCUUCCACGGUUUACAUCCAGGUACCAAUUAUACACUUUGUUUCACCUACGGCGGACAGGACUGCCAGGUCCAAGUUGUCUUUACAACCAGAAAAAAGAUCCCCUCUCUGCUCAUCAUUGUGGUAGUCAGCACCUUCCUUUUGGCUUUGGCCACGGUUCCCUUACUGGGGGCCACCUGCUGCCAUUUAUUAUACAAGUACCAGGGGAAGACCUUCAAGCUGAUCAUGAAGACUCAGAAUCUAGAUCAGCUGGAGAAGCAGAUGGCUGCAGAUUUUGACCCGAGGGCGUCUUUUGUGGAGUCCGAGAAACACUUCGACCCCAGCGAGUUGGGUGAGGUGGAGGGAGAACCCGGAGGGGAGGAAGGAGAGGAAGGAGAGGGAGAGGCUGACGGGAGCGUGGUGACGGAGUCCAUCCCUGGAUCUUCAUCCAAAACUAACCAGGAGGAUUUUGAAGCGGGUUCUGAAUACAGCGACAGGUUACCUCUGGGCGCCGAGGCGGUCAACAUCUCAGAGGAGAUCAACGGCAACUACAAGCAGCCGAGCCGCUGAAAACAAACAAACAAAAAAACUAAAAACACAUCACUC